GACCACUACAACUUCUGCAACCACGAUGACACCUGAACUCACAACUCAUACAAGCCAAGUGAGGAGCAAGCAGAUUGUGAGAGUGGAGUUCCAAGUUAACUCCAGCCUGCCCCUUAGUGAUGCUGAAUUUCAGGAGAGGCUCAUGGAUCAGAUCAGAAGGAAACUGCAGGAGAAGGGGCUGCCGGCGGACGCUAAACUGACCUGGAAAAAGCAGCCUGAUGGACAGAUUUUCCACAAGAAGAAUGAGAAGAAGGAGAAAAAAGAGAGGAAGAGGAAGAGCAAAGAUGAGUUUUGAAGCUCAAUAAAUCUCAGAGAGCAGGAGAGUGAGAGAGAUGAGAGAGGAGAGGAGAAACUGUAUAUAUUGAAAUGCGACUUAAUUCUUGUGUGGCCUUAAUAAGAUUUAUUUUGGUUUGCAUGGAUCAGCAUAUGUUUUACUGUUGACAGAGUUUUUAGGUGACAAUAAGGAUGGGUAGAAUCAGAUUUGCUGUGCGGGGAAUGGGCAAAGCAGCAAGGAGAAAUAAAGAAAGAAAUACUGCUGAUGGUUGUAGACCUAAUAGCUGCCUGGUGUGAUUUCUAUAUUCAUCACUUGUACUCAUUAUAUU